AUGUCUAAACAGAAAUGCAAAGAAUUGAAUGAUCCUCGGGUGCUAACUGAUGUUGGUGAUGUCCCCAUUCAAGAGAUCCGUGACUGUGGCGUUGAAGAUGACAGAUUGAUGCAUGUAAUUAGUGAGUCUGUUAAGACACUGAUGGAGGAGAUAUUUACUUAUGUUGGUAUCACUAAUGGUACACUUUUGGUUUCAAUUCAGAGAGUUGAAAAUGGUUUUGUUACAUGGAACACUUAUUCACAUGCCUCUUCAUUUGCUAGAAUAAUGGAAGGUGGUUAUGCCAGGAUACUGCUACAGGUUGGAUUGAGAUCAAUUACCAAAGAAGGGCAUGAGCAAGGGAAGAGAUUUGGUGUGGAACAGUAUGAGAUGCGAACCUUCUCAAAGGACCGAGAGAAGCUUGAGAAUCUGAAACUUGGGGAAGGUGUAAAGGGAGUGUAUGUCUCAGUUGAUGUGGACUGCCUUGACCCAGAGUUUGCUCCUGGGGUCUCUCACAUUGAACCAGGAGGCCUCUCGUUCCGCGAUGUGCUCAACAUCCUCCAGAAUUUGCAGGGUGAUGUUGUCGCCGCUGAUGUGGUGGAGUUCAACCGACAGCGUGACACGGUGGAUGGGAUGACAGCCAUGGUCGCCGCGAAACUGGUCCGGGAGCUCACUGCUAAGAUCUCCAAACCCGCCUCGCGCCGCGGUCGUCAUGGGCGGCGGCGCCUCCUCGACGCCGUCCCCUCCGUCCGCUGCCUCGUCAGCACGGCCGCGGGCGUUGACCACAUCGACCUCGCCGAGUGCGCGCACCGCGGCGUCGCCGUCGCCAACUCGGGGACGGUCUACUCUGCCGACGUCGCGGACCACGCCGUCGGCAUGCUCGUCGACGUGCUGCGGCGCGUCUCGGCGGCGGAGCGGUUCGCUCGGCGCCGGCUCUGGCUGCUGCAGGACGGCGGCUACCCUCUCGCCUCCAAGCUAGGGGGCAAGCGUGUCGGCAUCAUCGGACUGGGGAACAUUGGUUUGCUGAUUGCAAAGAGGCUUGAGGCUUUUGGCUGUGUCGUCUACGACAACUCCAGAAGGCCCAAGGAUUCGGUCUCUUACAAGUAUUUCUCAAAUGUUCACCAUCUUGCUUCUGAAUCAGACAUCCUCGUCGUCGCCUGCGCGCUGAACAAGGAGACGAGGCACAUCGUGAACAAGGACGUUCUGGAGGCCCUAGGGAAGGAUGGGAUCGUCAUAAACAUCGGCCGAGGCGCCAACAUCGACGAGGCCGCCUUAGUCGGUGCACUGACAGAGGGGAGGAUUGCAGGUGCUGGCCUCGAAGUCUUUGAGAAUGAACCCAAGGUGCCUGUAGAGCUCUUGUCCAUGGACAAUGUGGUGCUGACGCCUCGUUCAGCAGUUUACACGAUGGAGUCGAGGUCGGACCUGUGUGAGCACCUGAUUUGCAACCUCGAAGCUUUCUUUGCCGGGAAGCCACUGAUCACGCCCGGUCGUGUUGCAGUGCAGGCUAGUUCAGUCCAGCUAUUGGGAGGUAACAAUACUUUUACCACGAGCUAG